CCCACCUCGUGAUACAAGAGGAUCUCCCCCUACGUCCUACUUUAAUCCGUCUGUGAUAACGCACGCCAGUAAGAGUAGGCGUCGCGACGCGCGGUGUGGAAGCCGCCCGUCUUCCCUCAUUUCGUUGAUAACAAUAAAUCGCAUCACAGUUAGUUAACAACGCGAUUAAAAAAAAUUUUUAAAUACCAACUGCAUUAAAAAAAUAACAAAUUGGUGACUGAGGGAGAAGAUGAAGAUCAAUAGUCGAUAAAUAUAAUUUCUCAUCACCGAAUUUCCUAUCCGUCCAUGUUUCGUUCCUCUCGCGAUGAAAUAAUAUCCGUCGAGGCCACCUGUCGUCCUGAGGCACGUACCCCCUGGCAAGUGAACUACUCCGUAAACACGGCAAUACAACGCCAGACCACGGGAGUGCAAUCUCAGUGGUCUUCGGGGUAGUGUGGAGAAGAAAAAACCCCCUCCAAAGGGUCAAAUGUUGAAAUAAUGAAGUGAAACUGAUGAUGCCAAGUGUAACACGCGGCUCAUGCCAAUAACAAAUGGACCGAACAACUGUCACUCUGACAGAUCGACAAACUUACGGGUACAAAAACUCAAUUUUUUCAGUAAAUAUCAAUAUUUAUUUAUCAAAUAAGGAGAAUUUGACUUGGUGAGUUAGCUGAAGAGAUCGAUAAGCCUGUUAAGGUGUUCGUUCAAGCACUGACAAACGGGGUGCGGCCACCAAUUCAGGAUUGGCAGGAUGAUACCAAUGACAAGAACAGUGGGUAGACCACGCGGUUACAGGGGUGCCGGUUCACCUGGUGCUGAAAUAGCAAUGGAUCCACGAAAUCUUGAUCCAGCAGCUGUUAAUUCAACUCCUGUUAUGAACAUUCACAUGAUGAAUCCUCAGGUGGAUGUUUCGACCCAGGUUGAUCUCCACAGCAGCAGUUUACACGACUGGGAUCGUCGUGCAACCCCUCUAUACUCACGAGAGGACAUAAAAGAGCAGUAUUGCAUAACAAGUAGACAAUUGGAUGCCGUUGAAAAAUCAAGCAGCGGUAUAUUCGGUUGUCUAUCGACCAAAGGCCCAUCACCAUGUACAGCUACACGUGUUUCAAUACUAUCAGCAUGUGUGAGAAGUGCAUCGAGCGAUGAGAACAUAUGCGAUGCACCAUAUCCAAGAAAACCAUUUCAAAUACUCUAUCAACAGCCUUAUCCGAGUUAUCAUCGUGGUGUAACGAGAUACGAUGUUGAUGAUGAAGAAUGGGUUGAGAGUUCCUACUUUCGACGUCGUCCUACAUCCUUCUGCUCUAUUCAGGAUCCCAAAAGAUACACAUGGCUCCCCGAGGAUGAGGAGGCAAUGAGACUUGAGGGACCCAGAUCGUUGCUGCAGUCAAACGUACCAUCACGACGUGGUAGUAUUCACAAACCGAAGCACGUCAGUUUCGCUCGUUCCCAUACCCUAACAUCAUUCGACGUAGCUCCAAUAAGUAAGAGCCCACCAAGAGCUCAGAAUCCUGAGCGACUCAUAGACUCUCAACCAACACUUCAAGCAACUCUUCCCCCAGUGCCUAUUCCACACCCAAUUCCAGAACCGAAAAUACUUGUUUUGGGUAGACGAGGAGUGAUGAAAGCACAAGCAACGCAAACAGAUCUUCCUGAUCCACGUAGACCACCACCACUGACCCUCAGUCCGCGAACGAUACAACGGGUGAAAAUGGUGUCACAGGGUGCGCAGACAAAUGGCAUCAUCAAUGGCCGAAAGUUGACGAAAAGCUACUCUGAAGCGGGACAAUUUGGUGGGCCCUUGGGGGAUGAAAAAUCAGAGCACGAGCCACUUCAACGGACUCAAAGUGAAGAGCCUCCAAGAUCUCCCUUCCUAGUUGAUACACCACCAGCAUCACCAAGAACCGAGCGACUUAACGAGCAUCUAUUGAACGGAGAUAUCGAAAUAAUCGGAGAUAAGUAUCGGGAGGAGGACGAGGAGAUACUGAUUGAUUUUAAACCAGCUCCAGUAUCACCAGACGCUCGUGCUAUGCUUCAACAAAUGCCGAUUAUCUACAUGAGACCUGUAAGACUCAUUAAAACGUUAUCCGAUGGUGAGAUUAGAGUUGAGAGAAGAGAACUUAUUGACGAGGCUGGAGCACCAAGUUAUCCUCACACAUGUAGAAGAAAUUAUCAUGAUCCAUGGAGUAGAUCAACGAGAUCACCCGUCCAAUUUUCAUCAACCCCCGAUGAUCUAUCACUGCUGAGAACUUCAUCACCGCACGAUGAUCAUCGUGAGGAGGAGUUUCACGAGAAUAUUAUCCGGCGGGGUUUAUUCCGCAAGCGCAGUAUCUCCCUGGAGGAUGGCGUCCAGGAUUUACAUUCCAGUGAUUUCAGUCUUCCACGAUCAUUACCCACAUCACCAACAUCUCCAACUGCCACUCCAGCGCGUCGAGUGACAGAGAGCCCGAGAUAUGGAAUUCAACGUCCGAAUUUCUUGAGAACGUGCCCAAUAGUGGGAACUGUAUCGUCACCAUUUGCUUCAAGCGAUUCGCUGACUAAUGAUGUUACAAAGGAUCACAGCGAUGGUAUCUGGAACGAAUCCCAAGCGACUGUUCUUCAGGCGGACUGUUUAGCAUUAUUGACACCCUCUUCGAGGAGGAGACACUUGCUAAUGUUGCAGCAUCAGCAGAGAUCCUCCAUGGAUACCGAGGCCCUUGAUGUUGAGGACGAUUUGGAGUUGUCACCACCGAGUCCUAGAAUACGACUGCAAGCUCCAACCCCGAUAAUCCUUACACCCAGCGAUCCUCCACUUCUGAUGACCAACGGCAGACCCAGAAGUGGCCUGCGACGUCGCAGUCCCGGUCCUCCGUACUCCCAACCUCAGUCCCAAUCGUCAAGCGAAAUUGCUCUCAGUCUGGGGCGCACUGAUUCCGGAAGAACUCUCGCUGGAGACUUAUCCGAGGCCUCGACAACCGAGGACUACGUCACUGCCAACACCUCUACUGGCACCGGAAAUACAACGGGUACAUCAGCAACCACAAGUUCAUGGUCGAGACCGGGUCUUCAUCAUUCGUCUAGUGCAGCGCCCUCAGGACCCACCUCCACCACUGCCACAGCUGCCGACGGUAGUUCAUUCGAAAGCGCCAGUUCAAUUUACAGUUUGGCAAGGAGUGAGGCGGUGGUGGAGGAGCCAACGAGUCCCAAGGCAAUUGUUGAGGAGAUGGCAGUGCCAUUCGAUCUGAGUGAUAUAGUACCACCUUCGCCAGCAAGAUCUACGAGCAGCAGUAGUUCCGGAAGUUACGACCUCGAUGAUGCAAUGCCAGAGCCACCGAAUGAAGCUUAUCAGACAGCGCCACUGAGUGGACACACAUCAGACGUUGAACUUGAGCAAGACGAUUAUCGUAAACGCCUGUUGGAUCAUCGUCGUUCAUCAUCAGGUGGUUAUAUCGAAUCGCCCCCAGAUCCACCCGGUUGGACAGACGAAGAGCGGCGAAAACGUCGCAAAACCUUCACACUUGAUUUCCAAGACAGCCUGGAUCUGGAUCACAAUCAUCAGGACAAGUCUGAGGGCUGCGUAGACAGUGCCGAUGUCAGUCCUACACCGUCUCAUCGGCACCGGCCCCGGGGCAAGAGUAACUCCAACAGGGGACAGUACAGAAAUAAUCGAAGACGUGACUCUGCACAGUCGACAUUGUCCACCCUCUCCAGGAGUCCGCAGAAGGAGGACUGGCCACGAGAAGUUAUUGGUGAAUCAGCCCAGAUCCCAACAUCCGAUGAUUCCAGCUGCAGCCAUCAUUACCACAUGCACCACCAUCACCACGGCCAUCAUCUCCAUCGAGAUAAUCUGGAGGGCAGACAUCGGAGGACGAGGGAGAGCCCACGGAGAAAGACCGGGGGCUACAAUAAUUCACGGCGAAGGAGUAAUGAGGAUAAGAAUGCCGCGAUAACUGGCAGCCUUCCCCGACGACGAUCACGUCCUGCCGAAGACAUAUGCUCAAGUCGUCUAAGUCCUGGUGGUAGAUAUCACCGAGGUCACAAUGGCCACACGGCAAUUCUCAUAAAAUCUCCAAGUCCCGAAGUUCGUCUAAAAGCCCUCUCCGCCGAGUCCCUGCGCUCCGUCUCCCCCGGUAGUGACAGUGUCUUCUACAGCGAAGGAGCUGAUCAAUCUUGCCUGAGUGCUCACGAUUCUCAUCAUUGCCAUAAUUGCGGAAAAGAGGUAACGGAGGAAAUUGUUCAGCCACCGGCGGGCUUUGCCGAUUCACCGGAAGGACCGAGAGCUGCUGCUGGAUCAAAGCACGUUAGCCAUAGAUUAUACAAGAAAUUUGAUAAGCGAUACAGAUCGGAGGAUCGCGCGGAGAGAAGAUAUCAUCGGAGCAAUGGACGAUCUGAUGUGCGAGCUAAGUCAGAGGAGAGAGGUGGAAGAUCAUCGUCAAGGGGAUCCAUUGAGGAUGGAAUAAGACGACGUCUUCAGGCUAGAAGUACCGAUGUCAGCAUGGAGACUCUGGCUUACCGCGAGGACGAGGACUCAUAUGUCGAACCUUACACCGGUAACGAGUGGAUUUACAUUGGUGAAUUGGAGGAGAGUCAUGUGUGGAAGCGUCCGGACAGUCGCGACGGUGAUGAUGAAUCCUCAGAGGGCCCCAUCAAAGAUCGUCGGGGCUCCCAGGGCUCGACGGAGAGCGAAAAGGGCUUUCAAAAAAAAUACCAGGCAGCCACCCAUCGUAUGGUCCAUCGAAAAAGUAGCGGUGAAAUGUACAAACGUAUACAGAGCAAAAGUUUUGACCUCGACAUUCCUCUGUCUAUCAUUGAAGCAUGGAAGCACAUAAGCAAACUGCAUCUGUUUAAAAAUUUCCAGCUGAGCCGGCUCCAUUUCUCCCCUCGAGCAGAACAAAACAUCAUUAUGAUUCAGCUUAUCGAUUUGCCGUUUCGCACAAGAUUUCCUCGGCGCACAUUUCACUCCGUUAUAGCGGAAGAGAUCCGUGGUACAUUGGGCCUCGUCGUUCCACUUCUCUCACCCCAAGCGUUAUUUCAAUCGAGAAAAGACACCCUUAGGAAGGGAAAAAAGACGAUGACAAAUAUACGAAAAAAUAGCAUGAAUAGGCCUCUGAUAUUUCCCAUCUUCUCGGCUUCUCUGUGCACCGGCUCGCAUAAUACCAUGCCAGUAACAUCUAAAUAUAAUAUUGCCGGUGUUACCAUUUCUCUUUCUCUAAUGGCAACAUCUUUUGGACUAGUAUUCGAGAGUGCGUGUUGGUUGGGGUCGUGGUACUCUAUAACAGUUUCAAAGAUUCAGUGGAAGGGGGCUGAAGUGCCAACAUCAGUGAGCAAAGUUAGAGAUUUCUGGCUUGGCCAGUCAGUGGGUCACGGUGGUGAGGGAUUCCAUGAGACUUGUCGUCUUUUCACCGAUCUACGACAUCUCGAAGUGAUAAUAGUCCGGCCAAAAAUGGUGUGCGAUUCUGUGGGGGCCAAUUGUCCACCCGAGGUGGGCGAUGAUAUUUCCCUGAAGAAGUCCCUCGAGGAGGUCCUCAAGUGCAUGCUCAGGGUCUGGUGUAGGGAGGAACAGGCACUGAACAAGCUCACUACUGUUCAUGAGAGCGAUAAAACGGUGAUAGUGAAGCGCGAAGCUGGUGGUGAAUUUGGCUUCAGAAUUCACGGAUCAAAACCCGUUGUUGUAUCAGCUAUUGAACCCGAUACACCAGCCGAAUCAUCUGGCCUAGAAGUUGGUGACAUAAUAAUGUCUGUCAAUGGAAGAAGUGUGAUGGAUGCAACGCACUCUGAAGUUGUCAGGCUAGCACACUCAGGACCUGAUGUAUUGGAGUUGGAAGUCGCCAGGACGUGUAAUGUACUUGCACCAAGGGUUACCAGAGGGCCAAAAGAAAUUGUUGAGACACCACUGUGCUCUGGUUAUUUAUGGAGAAAAGCAACAACUGUUAAUUCCAGUGGAACAAGUUCGGACAAGUGGGUGCGCAGAUGGUUCGCUUUACGACGAGAUAACUGCCUUUAUUACUACAAGACAGAUACGGACUCUCAACCGGUCGGUGCUGUCAUGCUCUUAAAAUACGAGGUUGAAACAACACCGGAUGUCAAGCCUCACAGUUUUGUCAUCAGAAAACAGGGCGCACCGUCCCAUCAUCUAGCUGCGGAUAACGAGGACUCGAUGCAAAAAUGGAUAACAGUCAUACGCGACGCUGUUCAGAGAAAUAACCAGGCGGAUACUUGGUUGGACGCUUCGUUGAGAAUGCAGCAGAUGCCGGCGAAUGCUAUUCAACGUCCGGAUUGCUUUGGUUAUCUCAGUAAACAACAGGAUCGUGCUAGGAAAACAUCAUCACCAACGGGAUGGUCAAGGCGCUAUUGUGUUCUGAAAGAUGCGGCUCUGUAUUUUUACGACGAUGCUAAUGCCGAAAAAGCAUUCGGGGUUGCUUGUCUUCAUGGAUUUAGGGUUCACGGGUCGGCCCCCAAUUCGGGGGGAAGAAAACAUGCCUUUGAAUUGCAACCGCCUGACCCCACUCAACGGAACUACACUUUUGCUGCUGACAGUGAAAUGGAGAAGAAGAGGUGGUUAGCAGCGCUUGAGUACUCGAUCGACCGUUGGAUAAAGGUCGGCUGACGCGUUUGCCAGCAAAUCGCCCAAGAAUAACGCAAUGUUCAACAAUGCUCAUCGAAUGUAAAAUAAAAAUAAAAAAUAUUGGAAGAUGAUAGCCUACAUCAGUCGGUUUCUAGAAGGCGAAAAAGCACUAUCUAAAUAACUGCCCACAGAGAAAACGUUUAUAGGCCACUUAAUUGGCUUCAGAAACAUAUUUAUGAGCGAGAAAAAAAUAAUUGAUAAAUACCCCAUCGAAUUCAUCAGAAAAUUCUCGAAAAAUUCUAUCUUCUGCUGAAAUUUCUGAAGCCACAUUAUCCAAGACUUGUUUGAUUUUUCCUUAACAAAAAAAUGAUAAGAGUCGAUUGGAAAAGGGUAGAGAAUAUAUGCCAUACAAAUACCACAAAUUUUUUUCGCAAAAUAAUCGCAAUCGAACAAUUCUCCAAUAGACAGCCAAAACAAAUCAGAAUUUUCAACAGAAAUUGAAUAGUAUUUUCGAUGGACUGCGCUAGGGUUUUCAGGAGAAAAAUUUCUGUGUGUUUUCCUUGUUUAAUUUAUAAAAAAAAAAUCAUGUGAAACGAAUAGAAAAAAUUUACAAAAGCGUCCAGAGCCGUUUGGCCUAUAAGACCAAAAUUCAUCGCGUUAUUUAUUAGCGUGGGCAGAAAAAAGGGAGAGAACCGAACAAACGAAAUGUAAAGCAUAUUAAAUCCCCGCCGUCCCACAUUGUGAAUCCUCAAUAGCAUAAGUAACAAAAUAUUAAUUGAAACCUGAAUAAUUCCGAUGGACUAUUGUCCACCAGAAUAACCAAUUAUCAAACUUAUUAUUUUCCACCGUAACGAGAUUAUCACAAUAUCCCGUGCUUGACCCCAUUCUAUGGUUUUGAACUAUUUAUAUUUGUUUGUCAGCCCCUCUUCAUCGAUUAUUAUAAAAAUAAUGCAUACGUUAUAUAUUUAUUUACUCACUCGCACAAAUUGCCAAUGCUUUAGAAUUAUAAUUGUUGUUACGAUCGAUAAAGAAAAAUAUUGCAUUAAAAGAAUUAAAUCGACAUUAUAUAUUAUAUUGUAUAGAGAAAAUUUAAGAGGGAUUAUUUAAGACGAAUAUUUUGCCGAUGACGAGUGAUUUGGGUGUUUCGAGGGUGAAUGGGCCAAUAGUUGUUGUUUAUUCAUAGAUUUAUUAACAUCGGUAAAUAGCAUGAUUAUUAAUAAGAUGUAAUGAGACAAGUAGGACUAGGUCAAUUGGAGGAAAAUAUCGAAUGAGUGAAGAGAAAUGUGAUUUUGUUAUUUACGAAGUAAAUGAGAGAAUUGUGCAUCGAUUUUUUUUUCAUUUUUAUUUUCAUGUUGAGAUUUAGAUUUAAUAAAUUAUAGAGAUAUUAUGUGUGUUAUAUAUAUAGAGCGGAGAUUAAUCGAUAUUGAGAAAGUUUUAGAGUUAUUGGAUUGCAAUUUUACAAGAAGGAAAUAUUUGAGAAUUUUACAUUCAGUGGACUGAAUGAUUUUUUUAUGAUGAUGAAAAAAUUUUAGGUAAAUGCUGUUUUAUGGAAUUCUGGAUUCCAUGAUUUUUCAAAUUUUUGCUUUUAGUGAUGAACGAAUAUUUCAUGUGUUCCGGCUAAUGAGCCCUGGAGAUGAUUUAUUCAAAAUAUCGAGGAAAUAUGAAUUUUGAAAGGAAAAUAAUCAUGAGGUUAAACGGAUAUUAAAAAACCGCUCAAAAUGUAAGAUAAUAAUCAAGACUUGAAAAUACCAGAUUAUAACGGCAGCUGCCAAUGACAUAAUUGUAUGAUAAAAAACCCCAUUUUCAUAAUUUGAAAUUUGCAGAGGCAUUUUAAAGGAAAUCGAUGACAGAAAAUUUAGAUUUGGUACAAUUUUUUAAUUUGAUAAAAAGAAUUUUCAAUUUCGAGAAACAAUUAUUUUGUAACAAUCAAUCAUUUGACAGAAUAAGAAUUUUCGAUGAUUGGAGAAUGAUUUUAUCGACAGUAGAUAAAUUUCGUUGAUCAUCGGUAAAGUAAAUUUCCAUCGGUAUUUUUUAUUAUCGACUCACGAGCAUUUAUCUCAAGACAGCAAAAACAUAAAGACAAAAAUUUUUUUGUAAACAUAGAGCAUUCAAAUUCAUAAGGAGAAAUAAACAAUUCUAAGUAGAUAAUAAAUUAUGAAUUAAUGUACAUACAAAAUCAGUGUGCUCACUUUACGAUGUGUAUUUAAUAACAAAACCGAGGAUAGCUAAGAAAAAAAUCUGAAAAUUAUGUUCCGCGCUUUCAUUUUCGUUUUUUCAAAUCAUUUCAAAAAAGAAAAAAAAAAUCAUUGUUCUAGAUUCUAGAAGUAAAAACGCUGUGUGUAUCCAGUAGGUGCCAUUUAGUGGAGAACGAAAUAACGAAAAAAAAGUGGAGACGUACGAUAAAAUAAUUAAAUAAAGUGUGAUAAAACAAUCUUCAAACACCUGAGAUAACGACGAAAAAAAAAAAACUUAUUAUUUCGUAAACAAAACGAUGUUGUUUACACGAAAUAUUUCCUGUGUUUUAGAAUAAAAAAAACUGAUAAACUCUA